UUCUAAAUAUAUGGAUAUAUAUCUUGUGGGAACACUAUGCGAUGAAAUUCAGAUAGUAGCUAUCCGACAACUUUGGCUUGAAAAUACUUCAAGUGAAUUUCAGUAUAUAAGUUAAAAAUAAGAGUACAAAUAGAAACGCACUUUACCACAACCUUUGUAUCGUCGCGUUGGAGUUAGUAGCGAUCUUGAACCCAUACAUACUUCCUAUCACAGCUUCUCAUAUUGAGAGGCCUAUUGCACUUGGUGCGAAGGCUACGUUACUUGUACUUACAUAAAGAAAUCUGAAACAGCAUUCGUAAAUCAUGGAGAACUUCUUAUAUGGAGCUGCUUCGGCGGUGUCUGCGAUCUGCAUCGUGCACCCAAUCGAUGUGGUGAAAACAAGACUUCAGCUGCAGGGAGAAAUGGCAUCGCACUCGGCCAAACAAUACACGGGCAUUACAUCGUCCCUUAUUAACGUUGCCAAGCACGAGGGCAUGGCUGGUCUGUAUAAGGGACUGGGAGCGGCGUGUAUGCUACAGAUUACUGUCACAGGGACCCGGUUUGGCUUCUAUAACUACACUAAGGAGCUACUGGGCGUCAACAAAGAUAGCCCAAAUCAGCACAUGCAGAAUAUGGGCCUCGCUUUGGGUGCGGGCAUUUGCGGAGCAGUCGCCGGCAACCCCUUCUACGCGAUGAAGACCAGAUUUCAAGCGAGUGCCGGGGGUUCCAGUGUAGCGGUGGGGCAUCAGCACCAGGUGACAACUCUAACACAAGAAAUCAAGCGAAUCAUCGUGCAGGAGGGCCCCAGAGGUUACUUCCGCGGCGUGACAGCGUUUAUUCCCCGCGUGGUUGCCUUUAGUACUGGACAAUUGACCAGUUACGACUUCUGCAAACAUCACCUGCUUCAACGUGGAUGGGCUGAUGACGUCACCACACACCUGACAAGCGGCUCUGCUGCUGCCGCAGUAGGUAUAACUCUGAUGCAACCGUUUGAUUUUCUGGCGGCAAGGAUAAUGAACCAGCCGCUAGUGAACGGGAAACCAGCAUACUACAAAGGGGUCGUUGAUUGUGCCGUCAAAUCCGUCAAAUCCGAAGGAAUCUUUGUCUUGUUCAAAGGCGCUUCAGCCAACUACGCACGAAUGUGCCCGUACAACUUGCUCUGCUUUGUAUUCUUUGAACAGUACAAGAAGCUGGGUACUAAGCUCUUCCACGGUCAGUCUGUGUUACUCUAAUGAGGGGCGGGACAGCGCACCCUGCUUCUAUGGCCGAGUACAACAUACUGACAUGGUCCGCCUGUAAUGCUCUAGCGGCGGGAGACUCAGACACGGUCUACUAACUAUUGCAGUACCAAUAGUCGAGGGCUAAACUACUUCACAACCAGCUUGUGGUGCUAGAGCUUUCAGUUGCCACACUCUUCGUAGUCAGCCUAUGUGGCUGUGGUGGCAGACUUCCAAUACAUCCACAGUACUGCUCCGACCAUGUUUGCUGCACAGUCUUGAAUCUGCUGUGCGACUGACUGAGUGUCGCAAUGUUGGAUGUCAGCCUGUGCCCAAUAGCUGCCGAUUGUCACACACUUCCUCGCCCAGCCUCUACUGCUACGAUUUUGGGGGAAAUCUCUCCACAAUUAAUCUGUGCUGCCUAAGUAGUCAGACUGCGCUCUCACUGAAACGACUGGGCUAUGACGGUGGCAGGGCAUUAAACACUUGUCCUGUCAGCCACUACUGUCUCCCUUUAAUACAGGGGGAUGUGGCGGGGGGUUAAGAGGGUAAGGGGGAAAGGAUAAUUCUUAGUAUAGAAAUCUAUCAGUAUUGCUGGGCUCGGCCAUGAAUAUUGAGUCAGCCUGUGCUGUGCUACUGUGUGAACCGGUGCUUUCCAUGUUUAGCUUCGGUGGCUCUCAUUUGCCAGCUACACCUCCCCCUUGUCAAGCAUUGUGCUGUAGAUGCCUCUACUUGGUCGGCACUACUUCUUACAGCGUGAUUCUGCAUAUCUGGCUUGGUUUUCUAUUUAACGCCAGAUCGUACUGUCGCAGAGGAAGCGACAGCAUAUUGAGUUCAGAACGCGUCUACUGCAACUGAUUCUUUUCAUAGGAAAGUCUUACGAUCAAGUAAGUCAAACAUGAAGGCUAGAUUAGUACAGUGUUGCAAGCAAUGUAUCACAAUGCAUUUGUCAAUAAACACACGGCAUUGUACAGUAUGCACUUAGUUGGA